AUGAGCAGCAUUGAAGUCUUAACAUUCCCUGUGGUUGUUGCCGAUUCUAGGCAUAGACUCACCUCUGGAAAAAAGCAGUCCCGUACGGGUGAAUUCAUACGCCAUGGCAAACCAGAACUGGCAAGAAGUCAUGUGGAUAACAGACCUCCAAAUGCCCAGACUCACCACUACUUCAAGGUCACCAAGAUACAGGAUGCCCAGAAGAAAAUUGGGCUGAUUGAAAGAGAAAACAAGACCCUCUCAGCACGUCUAGCUAAUAUAUAUCGUGGCCAAGGCAUGGUAGACUGCUGGAAUGAGUACGAACAGAAGAGCUCAUUCAGACAGAAGCAGAACAUAGAACUUGUGAGGAUUACUGUGGAGAACCAGGGUAUCCUGAAGAGGAUCAAAGACAGAAAGCCAACCUAUGACCGGAAGCAAUCUGAAUUGGAUUGGCAGAAUUCAAGGAAAUAUCUGAGGAAGAGCACUCGCUUUCUAAUCUCAAACUGCGAGAAGCUAGGCUGUGCGAGGAACAACAGAUCAUUUGGGACUGCUAGAAAUUUAAGAGCCAGUUGA